ACGCUUGGUACUUAGUUUUCGGUUGAGGUUGCCUGAGAAUAUGGCGGACCCGGUGAAGGUUGGUCCAUGGGGUGCAGCGGGACAAGGACGCGACAUCAACGUCGGCAGCAGGCCCCAACGCCUCAACACCAUCACCAUUGGCUGGGAACCGUCAUGGGGUUAUGGGAAUGGUCGUAUCAUUGGCAUCUCCUUCGUCUACGUCGACCAGAAUGACAAGGAAAUCACGGUCGGUCCCUGGGGCAAGAUCGACCGGGAACACUCCCGGGCAAUCCAGAUAGACCAAGACGAGAAGCUGUAUGUCGUGAGUGGCACCUUCAACGACGCCGGCGUCACCUCGCUCAUGCUGAAAACCAACAAGACAGAGCACGGGCCCUUCGGCCAUGCGGCAGGGUCCGCCUUCAGCGUGCCCCUGAAGCAGGCCCAGGACGAUGGCGAGGUGGUUGGUGAGGUGGUGGCCUUCUUCUGCCGCUCCAACGACACCCUCCAGGCGCUGGGCGUCUACGUGCUGGGGGAGAAUGGUUUGCCGGUCAUGAUCGGUCCGUGGGGCGGCAUUGUUAACCAACGCAUCUCCACGCCGGUCCAGCUUAAGAGCGUCACUGUCUACAGCACUCAGCGCAUCGAUGGUUUCUCCUUCACCUACGUCGACCAGAAUGGCGACGACAUCCCCGUCGGCACCUGGGGCACCACCAAUGGACAGAAGAAUACGUUUUCCCUGAACGAAGGCGAGUAUGUCAAGGACAUGACUGGCACAUUUGACCUCGACGGCGUGACCUCGCUCAAGUUCACCACCAACCGGGAGCAUGUGCAUGGCCUGUACGGGCGCCUCUCGGGGACUGACUUCCGCGUGCCACUGCCGGACAACGCCGUGGUCGGCAACGACGGCAACCACAACGGCGGCGUGCUCGGCUUCUUCGGCGGUUCCGGGGGGAACAGCCUCCCUAAUUACUUGGCCGUGCAAGGGGACGUGGCUGCGGAAUUAGUGGUUUCUCAUGGAUGA